UAAAGCUGUUUAUUGCAAUUACCGGCUGAUAUCCCAAUAAUUUUCCUUCUUUGUCAAAGUGUGUAAUUUCCUAUCCAGACGUCAAUACUUUUCCGUUGUUGAAUUAAAAACAAAAUGCUUUAGUUUGGUUUAGUUAUAUUUUGUUUCUACUUUAGUGAGGAGAGUGUGAAAGAGUGGAGAAUGGCAGAUUUAAUCCGUACACCAAGUGGUCCUACAGGAGGUACUGGUGCAAUUAUGAAAGAUAAAUUAGGAUCACCGAGUACGGGAAGUGAUGAUGGGGGUGAUGUCGGGAAUGAGUGUAGUGUUGAUCCUGAACCUGAUGAGGUUGAUACCCGUGGGGAACGUGUGCCACCAGCACCGCCCGAAUCAGAAUGGUAUCAUGGACGACUUGACAGAUACACUGCCGAAGAACGUUUAUGGGAAGCUUCACAUUUGGGUAGUUAUUUAGUACGUGAGAGUGAUCGAAAGCCAGGCUCGUAUGUUUUAUCAUAUUUGGGUCGUACAGGAAUCAAUCAUUUUCGCAUAACUGCAGUAUGUGGUGAUUUCUAUAUUGGUGGUAGACAAUUUGAUUCGUUAUCCGAUUUGGUCGGAUACUAUACACAUUGUAGUGAUUUAUUAAAACGUGAACGUUUAAUCGGACCAGUUGCACCGCCAGAACCCGUCAAUGAUAAAAAACGUGUUGUUGCCAUAUUACCGUAUACCAAAAUGCCAGAUACCGACGAAUUAAGCUUUAAAAAGGGUGAUAUAUUUUUUUGUCAUAAUGAUAUGGGCGAUGGAUGGUUAUGGGUGACAGCGCAUCGUACCGGUGAACAAGGAAUGAUUUUUACAGAAUUGGUUGUCGAUUUAGAUCCUACUAUUGAUCCAAAUACUGUUUUUUCAUGGUUUCAUCCAAAUUGUACAAAGAAUGAAGCUGUCGAUAUGCUAGUUAAAGCUGGACCAGGGAGUUUUCUUGUACGUCCUAGUGAUAAUUCACCUGGUGAUUAUUCAUUAUUUUUUCAUAUAAAUAAUCAAAUACAAAGAUUUCGUAUCGAAAAGAAAGGUGUUCGAUAUUUAAUGGGCGGUAGAACUUUCGAAUGUUUAGAUGCAGUUAUUAAUCGAUAUCGAAAGGAGCAAAUUGUUGAAGGUCACACGUUACAGCAUCCUCUAAUGGUUGAUGGACGCACAACACCUGACACAUUAAGUGUACAAACUCAAAAAGAAGCGGCAGCUGAAAAAAUAUACGCAACGCUUAAAGAAAGUCGUGAUCAAGCUGGAUUAAAGAAAACGCGUGGUAUUAAACAUCAAGGGUAUUUACAUCGAAAAUCAGAUAAAGCAAGCAAGAAAUGGAAAUUGUUAUAUUUCAUGUUAAUCGUGGAGGGAACUGACACACAUUUAUAUUUGUACGAUAACCCAAAACGAACUAAACCCAAAGGAUUAAUUGAUCUUUCAUGCGCUUACUUAUAUCAGGUUCAUGACAGUUUAUGGGAACGACCACAUUGCUUACAAAUUGUUGAAAGAGCAUUACCAUGUUUAGCCACCGUAACACAUUUAGCAGCUCCAUCGACCGAAGAAUGUAUUGAAUGGGUGAAUGCUUUAAAACCAUUAUGUGUUCCACAAUUAAGUCGAGCAACAUGUAAAGUUCCUCGACUCCGUGAAUUACGAUGUCUUACAUUACAUAUAUUAAACGCACAUCGAUUGCCAUAUAAACUAGUACCACAGCCAUAUUUAACUUUACAAUUAAAUAAUCAAGUACGAAUUGCACGUACUCGUGCUAAAUCAGGACCGGAUCCUAUGUGGGAUGAGGAGUUCAUACUGGAUGACGUACCUUACGAUGUCGCCUCAUUUACCCUUACUGUUUAUAAUAAAGGAAAGCGUGGUAAAGAUACUGAAGUGGCUGAAUUAACUCUGGAACUGUCAUCGCUAGGAAAUGGAGAAGAACGGGAGGAAUGGUAUUCAUUAUCUGGAUUAACCCCAAUGGGUGAAUGGGGUUCCUUACGAUUACGAACUCGAUAUUUACAUGACUUAGUAAUGCCAUCCGAAGAAUACAGUCCAUUACAACAGCUAUUACUUGAACCAGGUCUAGCAGCUGUUCGAACAUUGGCGGAAAUUUGUCAUCCAGAUCGACAACCUUUAGCUACAGCGUUAUUACGUGUGUUCAGAGCUGAAGGACGUGAAACAGAACUUUUACGCGAAUUAGUACAAGCUGAAGUUUUAAAAGAAACUGAGACGUCUACGCUAUUUAGAGCUGCUUCGUUACCAACUACGUUAAUGGAUUUAUAUAUGCGUGCUGAAUGCGGGGGCUUUCUAAAAGCUGCUGUUUUAGAAACGGUGUUACGAUUAUUAGAAAGUAAACAAAGUGCUGAGCUAAAUCCAGCAAAAAUGGAUUCACCUGACGAUGCUUGUAGUAAUGCUGAAUUUCUGUUACAAGUAUUGGAUCAGGUUACAUUAAGUAUAUUUACAUCACCUGAUGCCUGUCCCAGGUCAGUACGAUAUAUAUGUGGGUGUCUACAACGUGCUGUUGUUGGUAAAUGGCCAAAUGAACGAUUUGUUCGUACACGAGUCGUGUCAGGUUUUAUAUUUUUACGUUUAUUAUGUCCUGCUUUGCUCAAUCCACGUCAAUUUGGUCUUGUUUCGGAAGCACCUAGUCCAGCAGCCACACGAAGUCUUGUUAUGGUUGCAAAAUGUUUACAAAAUUUGGCAAAUUUAGUUGAAUUUGGUGGUAAAGAACCGUAUAUGGAAGUAGUAAAUCCAUUCAUUUUGAAGAACAAAGAACGAAUGGUUGUAUUUUUGGAUCAAUUAUCAGCUGUAAAUGAUCCAGGUGAUCCACGUGUUGUUAGUAAAACAGAUACAGCACGUGAAUUAGCUACAUUACAUCAUAUUUGUGCCGCACAUAAAACCGAAUUACAAGCGGUUGCAAAUACACAACCAGCAAUAAAAACAUUGGUGACUGUAACUGACAUGUUAACUAAACAUAAACAUAAGUAUUUAGAAAUGACCAGAUAGUAAGGUUUCACAAAAUGAAACUUUCUCAGGUAUUAAUUUUGAAUGGAUGAAGGAAUCAAAUCAACCCCAAAAACACUUCACAUAACGAAAAAUUUCUAAAUAAUGGUAGGGUAGUUCCGUAUUUAGUUAACCUACAUACAAUUAUCACAGAUGUUUAUAUUAUAAAAAAAUUUCAUUUUCCGAUUACAGCCAUAGUUUAUAUAAAGCACAUUUUUUGUCAUUUAGUUUAUUUUAAAUAAAAACAUACCUUUUUUCUCGAGUCAUUAAGCUCUUUAAUAUGAUAUUCGCUGAUAUAUCAUAAGUGGCUGUUUUAAAAUAGACACAUUACAGGCCUUUUCAAAAUUUAAUUAGGCUCUGUUUUUAAGUACAACUGAAUGUUAUUGCCUUAAAAUAAUCCAAUGAUAAAGGCAAGAAACAUUACCGAACUUGUAUUUUUUAUAUUAUAUAUCUUUAAAAUUGUUUGCUCAUUUUAUCAAAUUCUUUUUUUAAUUGGUGCUAUUAUUCGAAAAAUUUUAAUGUAUCAAUGUCAGCUCUCGUUAGAAGCAAAAAUCGAAACUAUCGGAAUACUUAUUCUCACACAAAGAGUUAAGUGUUUAUUUAUCUAUUACCUAAGUCAGGGUGGUGAACUUUUAUGUAUCAAGGUGCCAUUUUUCCUAAAGAAAUAUUCAAUGAGGUCAUAGGCGUGCCGUCAAAUAAUUUUGACUUUUAAACGUGCAUAUUUUAAUGACGUCAGUGCUUUCUUCAAGACAUAUUGAUUUAAAAGGAGCAGUGUUAAUGUCAAUUUUUUGUUGAUCUGUUAUAUUUGCGACUAGUUUUAAGGUGCCUUUUUCAUUGUGUAUCUUUGUUGCGCUGAAUUAUCUUUAUUAUCGAAAUUAUCAAAAAGUGAGGGCGCUCAUCAAGCUUCUUUCAAAAACUCACCCCUUGAAAAAUUUUGCUAUGCCGAGCAAUGACAUUUCUAAUAACUUUCCGCGCUCGUAUCAAAAUUUUCGCCAACAUAAUAAUAAGACGUCGACUGUUUAUUUAUAUUUUUAACAGUCGUCGUCAUUUAAUCAUAGACUGUUUAUUUUUGUCUUUCAUUGCCCUUGCAAUUAUUUCUUUUGCUCUAGUUUGCUUUUUUAACUAACGGAUUUAUGAUUUGUUUUAAAAUGUAAAUUGUAGGCCACAAUGAAUUUACAAUAACAAACGAGUGCGCGCUCAUGAUCGGUGGCGUGCCCAAAAUAUUGUGUUGCGUGCCAUUGGUUCACCAUCCCUGACCUAAGUUGGAAUCGCAAUAGGAUUAUAAUAUUCAAAUCUUGAACAACUCUCAUUAGAAAAUAAACAUCCUCAUUGAAACCAGUAAAAAUAGUUUUAACUUAUUUUAUGUUCAAAAUGUGUUUUGAUAAUGAGUUAAAUAAGCGUGAUUAGAAAUCAAGCAUUCAUUCCAAGUCUGUGAAUUUAAAUGCCAAAAUAACUGCUGUACGUCGUAUACUAUAAACAUUUGUGACAUCUUAUUGAGGCAGUUAAUUGUUUUGUCGUGGCUAUAUAUAUUAAUAGAUAGAUGAGAUAUGAUUGGUCUGUGACUUUUUUUUUUGUUGGUAUGAAAUGAAUUAUUUACUCUCAAGGAUUAAUCGUAAUAUUAUGUUUAUAUAAAAAAAAAUUAUGACAUUUAUAUAUACCGUAAAGCUCAGACUAGUCGUAUAACAAUUGGUGCUAACAGUAAUAUCAGUAUUUCUGGCAAAGAAAAAAUGUUAACGAAGAAGUUGAUUUCUGUAGAUAUGGUUAUUAAUGCUAAAAAAAAAUAAGCUUCUUUAAAGCUUUCUUCUUUACCGGGAAUGCUGGCUAAAAACAAAAAAAAUGUCUCCCUAAGUCAAUCUAUUGAAAAGGCAUUUUUUGCUGUCGGAAAGUUUGUUAUACGUCUAACCUAAGUCGAAUAAAUUUUCUAAUUUAAAUCAUAAUGAUCACAAUCUUUUUUAAUAAAUAAAUAAAAAUCAAAUGUAUUUAUGUAUUUUGAAUUAUCGAUUUUAUUGAACUCGAAUUCUCAUUGAUAAUAUUCGAGUUUUGUUUAUUUCAUGUGUA